AUGCCAGUGCUCGCCGGCGGUGCUGAGUCAGAAGCAGGUAUCCCGAAAGCCCCUUCUGAUGAGCGGCGCCCCGGGGCCAUGGAGGAGCUGGAGCACACCUGUCCGCAGCCGCGCCUGACUCUGACAGCACCUGCCCCGUUUGCAGAUGAAACAAGCUGUCAGUGCAGAGCACCCCACGAGAAGCUGACCAUUGCACAAGCCCGCCUGGGAACACCAGUUGACAGACCUGUCAGAGUGUAUGCAGAUGGGAUAUUUGACCUCUUCCACUCUGGCCAUGCUAGAGCUCUUAUGCAAGCCAAAACUCUGUUCCCAAAUAGCUACUUAUUAGUAGGAGUUUGCAGUGAUGAUUUAACUCAUAAGUUCAAAGGCUUCACUGUGAUGAAUGAAACGGAGAGAUAUGAAGCCCUCAGACACUGUCGCUAUGUGGAUGAGGUCAUCAGAGAUGCACCCUGGACACUAACACCAGAAUUCCUUGAGAAACAUAAGAUUGACUUUGUAGCCCAUGAUGACAUCCCGUACUCCUCUGCUGGCUCGGAUGAUGUAUACAAGCACAUAAAAGAGGCAGGAAUGUUCGUACCAACGCAGAGAACUGAAGGUAUCUCAACAUCAGAUAUAAUCACAAGGAUUGUGCGGGACUAUGAUGUGUAUGCCCGGCGCAACCUCCAGCGAGGAUACACCGCCAAAGAGCUGAACGUUAGUUUUAUAAAUGAGAAGAAAUACCGCUUUCAAAACCAAGUGGACAAAAUGAAAGAAAAAGUAAAGAACGUAGAGGAGAAAUCAAAAGAAUUUGUCAACAAGGUGGAAGAGAAGAGCCAUGACCUCAUUCAGAAAUGGGAAGAAAAGUCCAGGGAAUUUAUUGGCAACUUUUUAGAGCUGUUUGGACCCGAUGGAGCUCUGCUAAGCGUCACCUAUGAACUGACUCCUGGCACUCCAAGCAACACUGAGAGUUCUUGCUCCUUGUUUCCAAGAGGAGAAACGAGCCACUCUGAUUCUGAGUAUUCAGCAUGAAGCCGACGGCCACUGCGCAGUACAAGCCCUAUCGCCUGUAACCGAGUCCCAGAGCUUUACUGCAAGGUCACAGCAGCACUAACCAGCAGCAGCAUUUGCCUUACUGUAGCAGAACAUUUGCCUGAAAAUUUGGUCUGUUCCAUCCCACCAGCUAUGGAAGGUUCUUGCUCAACUUUAGCAAGCAAAAAACAAUAAAGCCCAAAGCAGAAUAUACAGGCUGCGCGUGUUUCUCUUUUAACAGACAUCUGAAUUCUGACAUUUCCUCCCUGGCCCCAAUUGUAAGGGUUUGGGUUGUGCACGUUCCAGGUACCAGGAGAAGCACUUGACAGUAUUGGGCAGGCAUUGGGCUGCUGCCCUUGAGAAGGGAGCAAGGAAAAUGGCCUGCUGGCCAGGCAGCUGAGCAGGAGGCAGGUGUCUGUGCAGCACAGCAAGAAGAAAAGGUCCUGGGAACAAGGGGCACCUGGAGGUCAGGCAGGGGACUUGCUUUGUGAGAUGGCAUGACUGUCACAUCCGAAAUGAGCCCAAGGUAGCUCCCCUGGCUAACUCAGGACAACACACGAUUUUCUAAUACCAAGGCUGUCCUUGCUAAAAGGAAAAUCCUGUAAUGUCAAAAACCAGCUUAUUGCGAGCACAGCCUGAGAGGUGAAGCAC